UUUCACCAUGAAUUCACCGCUUAUUAUCGAUUACCGCUAGCCUUCUCGGUGGUUGGUUUGAACUGCGUCACGACUCGAGCGGACACCUGGAUCUGUGAUUGGCUAAGACCGAACAUACGGGCACUUGCGGCAGAGCGAGCCCAUUAAGCUAAAGGUACCAAUAUGGCGGAGGCUUCCCUAGGGGGUUCAAGUCCAGUUGGAUCUUUAUCAUCGGAAGAUCAUGACUUUGACCCAACAGCAGACAUGCUAGUUCAUGAGUAUGAUGACGAAAGGACGCUGGAAGAGGAGGAGUCGCUGGAUGGAGGAAGAAAUUUUAGUUCUGAAAUUGCAGAUCUGGAAAGGGAGGGGACCAUGCCUUUAGAAGAACUGUUGGCCAUUUACCGAUAUGAGGCCUCAGCAGGUUCCAGCGUAGACAGCUCCUCUGGAGACAUGACUGAUGAGCUGCCUGACAUGACUUUGGACAAGGAGGAAAUUGCAAAAGAUCUGUUGUCCGGAGACUAUGAGGAAGAGACCCAGUCGUCAGCUGAUGACCUGACACCAUCAGUCACUUCCCAUGAGACUACAGAUUUUUUUCCAAGAACACUUCGAUCCAAUGCUAUAUCUGACGGUGAUAAAGAGUCUGAGUACGAUGAUGAUGGUCCAUGCCCAGAAGACUCUCGAAAGGAAAUAAUGGUUGGGACACAGUAUCAAGCAGAGGUUCCCUCUAGCCUCUCUUACUACAAGGAUGGAGAGAUGGCGUAUGAAGAAGAGGACGAGUUAUUGUGGAGCCCAGGAAUGAUGGCAGAAAACAAAGUUAGGAGUUUCCUGUUGGACGUUUUGUCAAGAACAGCAGAUGAAAAGACGACGUGUGACAAACCAGGCACAUAUGUAGGAGACAACGAGCAGGCUUUGCACGAGCUUGUGAAGUGUAACUACAACGGCCUCGAAGCACUAGAGAGAUACUGCAGUCGCAUCAAGUCUUUGAAAGGAAAAUCACCCCCGUGGUCAGAAGAGGAAUGCAAAAACUUUGAACACGCACUACAGAUGUAUGACAAAAAUUUCCACCUCAUACAGAAACACAAAGUCACAACGCGAACUGUAGCAGAAUGUGUGGCUUUUUAUUAUAUGUGGAAAAAGUCAGAACGCUUCGACCUGUUUGUGCAGCAGAAUCGGUUUGGAAAGAAAAAAUACAGCAGCUAUCCUGGAGUAACUGACCUAAUGGACAGGCUGGUGGAUGAAGCCGAGGGUCUGGCUGUAGACAGUUCGUCCUCCGUGUGUUCAGGAGCAGUUGGAGGUGGAAGGCUUGAAAAUACCACAGAGCAGCAGCUCAGUCUGCUCAACUCCAUCACUGCCAGUGAUCUCACAGCUUUGAGUAACACUGUAGCCACAGUGUGUAGUCCUGCAGAGGUCAGCUGCCUCGACUCGUACAGUUUUCCUCCUCUGGAAAGCCUCCACUGUGGACCCCUCAACCAUGAAGAAUCACUCGGCUUCACUUCCAAUGGCGGGAACCCCGACUGCCUCAACAUGCUUGACGCUGGCUUCUACCACUCUGACCUGGGCCAGCUGGGCGGAGUGUGUGUCAACAAAGACUGUGAGCGGUCGUCCAAGAGACUCAAGAUGGCGCUACCUGACGCCUUUGUUAAUGAUGUGGACUUUGAAGCACGGCGUACGAUAACACACCACCAUCGAAUAACCGGUGCAAAAAUGGCCUUGUCCGUCACAGACUUUGGGAGCUUGUCCAGCGGAGAGCCCAAUGGCUUUCUGGGAGCACACUCUUCAGAUGUGGAUCGUCCAUGUACAAUGGGGCCCAGAGGCUACACACCUUCAACGCUCCAGUGUGUUGUCCUGCCAUUCUUACAGCUGCCAAAACUGGCUUUGCUUUCUGCCUCUUAUUUUAGUAUUUAGUCUGCUGUUCUCUUUUUUUGAAGUGGUACUUUUUUCAAAUUUGUUUACAGGUACUUUUCAGUGACCAGACUAGUGAAAAUGUUUUCAAGAUCAUGAACCUGGCUAAAUAUUGUCUUAAGAACAACAAAGACACGGAUAUUAAAGGUAGAUCAGGUAAAGCCUUCUUUUUUUUUUUUUUUACAUUCUUCUGUUUAAGCUAAACUGUUUACUUUAAAACGAAGUGGCCAAACUGGAACAUUUGAAUGUUUGUUACAGUUUUUAAUCCUUUUUCAGGAGUGUUCUGCCCCUAAAUAAUAUUUUUUUAUUAUUUUUAUAUGGGUGGAAAAAACAGCCCCAUCAUCUGGCUUCUCAGAAAUGUAUUUUUUUUGGGCCAGGUCACAGAUGAAGCUUUUCCCCUUUUUCCAGUUCUCUGCAGCUCAUGCUAGUCAACUUUCACUGUAAAUGUCCACAAUGUUUUUCUGUCAUAAUGAAAGUAGCAUAAUUUUCUGACCAAUUUUGUGAUCCUGAGCUGGCCAGCAGUAUUAUGUGUUAAUUUAAAGUCACUCUGAUUUUAUGUUGAACACCUCCCUGACUUGUACUGAGAAUAGAACGCCUAGCAAAAUCUGGUCUGCAAUUUCUAGGAGGUCAGUGGGAAAUUGAGCUGUUGAUCCUUUAUUGUAAAUUGUAAACAUUUAGCAGUCCACUGUCUGUCCAUGGAUUGGAUGCAGUAGUGUUUCCUUAAUUUAUCUAUGCAUCAUGCUACAAAUAAUUUUGUUUCAGGGUGUUAUCACGUUUGUCAUGUCUGCAAAUGUAGUUUAUCCCCCUGGCCUCUCCCCCAAGACAGGAAUUCUGCCUCUUAGUGAUUUACAUCCCCUGCAUCUAAGAAGAUAUUCACUUUUCAUGUAAAUAUUUAGCAGAUAGCCUUUAAAAGUUCUAUUAUCUGACCUCUUACACUUGUGAAUCUGUCUUGAAACAAAGGUUUUGGUUUGAUUCCUUGUCAAAAUGGCAAUAAUUUGUAAAAAUGUGUACAGAUCUUUUGUUUUGAGUUCUGCAUUUUACUCGUUGACAUGUUAGGAUUUCUUCCCCCUUUUUUGGACAAAUCACAAUACCUUCACCUAAGGACGCAGCUGAAACCACGCAUGCCAGCUGUAGCCAGAUCAAAUGUACCCCGCAAACGGCUGCCCACCCCCACUCCCAGGACAUAUUGAUGUUUUUAGUGUUGCCGUUCUGUGUUUGAAACGAGCAGCCACAUGUAAAAGACGCUCAACUUUAUUUCCUGACUAAUUCUUUUUACGUGGUGUUGUCCAUUUGUCUCGAUGGUAAAGGAAAGGCUGCUGCUCUUAAGUAUAUAGAGAGCUUUUUUCUUUUUUAAUGCAAUAAGCAUAAUGCAGUAGGUCCUCUGAGCUCUUCUAGCUUUAGCAGUGCAGUAAUAUUUAUUUCAACUGUGGUUUGUACAAAGAUUCGAAAAAGUGUCAGAAUGUUAAGGCCAUUACGUAGUAGAUGUAGGUUUUUUUUCAGCACCCUGUGAACUCUUUAAGAAAAUUUGAUAUUUUAUUGAUAUAUCUGGUCUGACACAUACACAUUUUUUAUAUUGUAUUGUUUUGAAGUUUAAAAAGAAAAAUAUAGCAGUUUUGAAACAGAAACCUCAGUUGACAAAAGCAAACACCUUUGUGAAUAAAACACCUACAAAACCUAAAGAUGUAUAUCCAGAAAUAUAGACAAUCAAAAACUUUACUUUAUCUUUAUAAGAAUUGUACAUAGUCAUUGAGGUUUUUUUUUUCUUUGGUUAAACAUUUUGUAUUUUCUGUUGUACUUUAAUACCUUGUGUACAGAUCCAGAAAUAAAGCUCUGGAAAAUGUU